GUGGCAAUCACUCGCUGAUUUUUCUCAACAAACCAUAAAGAUAUUGGCACCCUAUAUUUAGUAUUUGGUGCAUGAGCCGGAAUGGUGGGUACCGCACUAAGCCUACUCAUCCGGGCGGAACUAAGCCAACCCGGAGCGCUACUAGGGGAUGACCAGAUCUAUAAUGUAAUCGUUACAGCCCAUGCUUUCGUUAUAAUCUUCUUCAUGGUAAUACCCGUCAUGAUUGGAGGCUUCGGUAAUUGAUUAGUGCCCCUAAUAAUUGGCGCCCCCGACAUGGCCUUUCCUCGAAUAAACAACAUAAGCUUCUGACUUCUGCCCCCUUCCUUCCUACUACUUCUUGCCUCAUCUGGGGUUGAAGCAGGUGCUGGAACUGGAUGAACCGUUUAUCCCCCUUUGGCAGGGAACCUGGCCCAUGCGGGGGCCUCCGUGGACCUUACAAUCUUCUCCCUCCAUUUAGCCGGUGUCUCCUCAAUUCUAGGGGCUAUCAAUUUUAUUACCACUAUUAUCAACAUAAAACCCCCCGCUAUCUCGCAGUACCAAACACCCUUGUUUGUAUGAGCUGUUUUAAUCACUGCUGUACUACUUCUUUUAUCCCUUCCCGUACUAGCAGCUGGUAUUACCAUGUUAUUGACAGACCGCAACCUUAACACAACCUUUUUCGACCCCGCAGGAGGAGGUGAUCCCAUCCUCUACCAACACCUAUUCUGAUUUUUUGGACACCCAGAAGUAUAUAUUCUCAUUCUGCCAGGCUUUGGGAUGAUUUCCCAUAUUGUAGCCUAUUAUGCAGGGAAAAAAGAACCCUUUGGUUACAUAGGAAUGGUCUGGGCUAUAAUAGCAAUUGGCCUUCUCGGGUUUAUCGUAUGGGCCCAUCACAUGUUUACCGUAGGGAUAGAUGUAGACACGCGGGCCUAUUUCACUUCGGCCACCAUAAUUAUUGCCAUCCCAACAGGGGUUAAAGUGUUUAGCUGGCUAGCCACUCUCCACGGAGGAAGCAUCAAAUGAGAGACACCCUUACUUUGAGCUCUUGGUUUCAUUUUCCUUUUUACAGUAGGGGGCCUAACCGGCAUUGUCUUAGCAAACUCCUCCCUCGACAUCGUCCUGCACGACACAUACUACGUAGUAGCGCACUUCCACUAUGUUCUAUCCAUGGGUGCCGUUUUUGCCAUUAUAGCAGGCUUUGUGCACUGAUUCCCUUUGUUUACAGGAUACACCUUACACAACACCUGAACAAAAAUCCACUUCGGCGUAAUAUUUGCAGGCGUAAACCUCACAUUCUUCCCCCAGCACUUCCUAGGCUUGGCUGGUAUGCCUCGUCGAUACUCAGACUACCCAGAUGCCUACACACUAUGAAAUUCCGUCUCUUCAAUCGGGUCCCUAAUCUCUCUUGUCGCCGUCAUCAUGUUCCUCUUCAUCCUAUGAGAAGCAUUCGCUGCUAAACGAGAGAUCGCAUCCGUUGAAAUAACUGCAAUAAAUGUCGAAUGACUACACGGCUGCCCUCCCCCCUACCACACCUUUGAAGAGCCUGCAUUUGUUCAAGUGCAGUCAAACUAA